AUGAUCACACCCGACAUUGUCCCCCCUCAGCCGCCUCCUCCGCCUCCUCCUCCUCCUCCUCGUCCGCCACCAGUGGCUGCGGUGUCACAGCGCCCCGCACGGCAUCCUACCAAGUCCCAGGUGCGCCACCAAGAAUCCACCCCGUAUCUCCCACUCUCCAUCUGCCCCCCCCCGUCUGAUGUCUCGAAUGUACGUCAACGUCUUUUCCCUCCCCGGCUGCAACAAUCUGCCUGCCAGUCUCACACCUUUCCUCCAUCCAGCAGCAUCAUCCCAUGCUCAGGGCCCCCCAAGCGCUACACACCCAAACUCCUAUUAGUGAGUCCAACGUCUUCCAUACCGCUCCUCGCUGACACCUGCGAGCGUGCUCCCGCGCCCUCUCGUUCGCGUCAGCAUCAUUCCAUGCGCACCGCGCCCACGAAUGCGCUCGACAAAUCCAAUCCAUCUGCGACACCGACCAGCACGCCAUCGGGCAUCUCAGCGACGGCUCCCAGCGAUCCACACCGCACUGCUUCGCACCCGCGACCAGCCUGUCCGCCAACGUCCAUGCGAUGGGGCACGUCCCCCAGCCCAACCCAGUUUCUGAUGCGGCACACCCUUCCUGCUGUUAUCUGCCCCGGGCGGCUCGUCUCGCCGUCCCCGCGCCGUCCUUUCGGCGGGCACUCGGCCGAUACGAACCGCUAA